AUGGAAUAUAUAUUUAAUAAAAAAAAUAAAAUACAAAUAUAUGAGAAUAACGAAAAGGUCUUUGAUUUAUGGAAAAAAUAUGCAAUUGAUGAAGUAUUGAAUUUGUGCAACGAGGAUAAUAAAAAAAUAAAAAUAAAAAAUAAUCAGGAUGUAAAUGUAAAAUAUAAACGGAAGAAAAAAUUUGAUAAAUAUAUAUAUAAGUGGAAAGAAAUAAAUUAUUUUUCUAAAGAAAAUGAAAAGGAAAAUAAUUCACAAAAAUCAAGUGAUUGGGAAAAAGAUGAUAAAAUAAAUGGGUGUGACAAAAAUAACCAAAAUGAUAAUUAUAGUGAUAUAAAGAAAAGAAAAAUAAUUUUGGUGAAAGAAGAAAAUUAUUUAAAUACUUAUGAAAAACAAUUAGAUAAUAUAAACAAAAAAGGUCUUGAACAUUUUUAUUCAUCUCACAAAAAUGAAGAACAAAAAAAAUCAUCCGUAGUAGUAAGCUAUGAAAAUUAUGUAAAUAGAAAUGUAAAUAUAGAAUAUAAUGAGAAUAUUGAUUUUUUAAAAUAUAUAUACUCUUCUAUAUUCUUAAUAAAAGAAAAUAAAGUCCUUAUACCAAAAGGGAAUUAUUUAUAUGAAUCAAUUUAUCCACAAACAAUACAUGGAUUUCCACUUAUAAAUAAAUUAAAUUAUUAUUUUGUUAAACUAUAUAUAAAUAAUAAUUGGGUUUUAGUAUUUGUUGAUUUAGAAUUACCAUAUGAUAAAGAUAACAAUAUUUUAUCAUGCCAAUCCAAAAACGAUGAAAAAGAAAUAUGGAUAUACAUUUUAACAAAAGCAUUAUAUAAAAUAUUUCGUCUUUUUAAUUUUUGUGAAUAUUACCUUUAUAUAUUUGAAAUGUUAACAGGUUAUAAAUUGAUAUAUGAUAUUCCAAUUAAUCUCAAUUUAAACGACAAUAUGAUUUAUAGUUAUAAUAAAAAUAUAAUUCAAAUGGUUCUAUUAAAUAGAGAUAAAGAAAAGGCAAGUAAAACAAAUACUUAUCAUUCUUCUUCAAUGCAUAGUAGCUCCUUUUUCAAGGCUACAGAAAAUAGAAAGUUUAAUGAAAAAGGGCAGCAUUUAAUUGACAGAGAUAUAAAUAACAUCAGGAUGAAGGAAGAUAUAUGUAUUAUAGACAAAAGAAAAAAAUGUAAAGACAUAUAUCAAGGAUCAAACAAAAUUAAAAAACGUAAAAAUUUACACUUUUUCCAAAUAUAUCCAUUUGAAAAAAACUUAUAUUUUAUCAUAAUCUAUGAAAAUAUUAAACCUGAUAAAUAUAUAAAAUAUUCUGAUUAUAUAACUAAGAAAACACAACAACAAAAUCAAAUUUUAAAAGGGUAUAAAUAUAUUAAUAAACAAGGAAAUAUUAUAAUUUCCAAUGUCAAAUUAAUACCAGUAAAUAAUUCUGCAUACAGUUUUUCAAGUAAGUUAUUGGAAAAUAAUCCUGACAAAAAUAAUCAGCAAAAAUUUAUGAUUAAUGAUGAAACAAACGUAAUAAAAAAUAAUGAUAUUAGUGAAAAAACAGAUUUUAUUAAUAAUAUAAAAAAAAAUAAUAUUUUAAAUAAACAAAAAUACAAAAUUAUAAUAAAUCAAAACACAGAAGAAGUUCUCCAAUUAUUUAAAGAAAUAUUAUUCGAAUCUGACCAAACAUAUUCUAAAAUUUAUAAGGACAUACAUUCUAAAAAGCACAAAAAAAUCCAAAAAGACGUUAGCAAGUGGAUUAGCGAAAUAGACAUUGAAAAAAUUCUUAAAUUUAUCAAUGUAAGUUACUCAAGUUAUUAUUUAAUAAAAUUGGAUAAUAAAUUUGUUCAAAUAAAUAAAAUUUACAACUAUAUAUACUAUAAUGAUUUUAGCUUUUCUUCGACUAAUAUGUAUGCAAAAAGUAUUCCACAAAUUAAUGUUAGUAGUAAAAUAAAAAAUAUAGAUAAAUAUAAAGAUGAAGAAAAGGGGAAAGACAAUAAAAAAAAAAAAAUGAAAUGUAAUGAAAAUGAAACACAGAUAAAUAACAAUACAUUUCUUCUUCUGAUAUGUUCUAUUUCGAUAUUUUGUAAAAAAAAUAAUUGUACAUUAAAAGAAUCAAAAGAAAAUAAUGACCCAAUUCAAACUACCAAGCAUUAUACAAAUUGUGAUAAAAAAAAGAAAAUAGAAGAAAUGAAGUUGGAUUUCAACUGUGCAUUGAAUAAUAAGGAUCACACCUUCAACCUUUCAUUUUUUACAUAUAAAGAAAAAAAAGAAAAAAAUAUAUCAUUAGAAAGAAAUAAAAAAAAGGAAGGAAGUAAUAUGAUGCUGAAUUAUUUCAUGAAUUCUUUUAACAAUUUCAAUAAACGUGAGCAAAAUAUUAAAAUUUGUAAAAAAAAAUUAAUAUCUCAAGAAGACGUUUUAAGUUCUGAAUGUUUUAUAAAGCAAAUUUGGGAAUGUAAUUACGAAAGAAAUAGUAACAAUAAUAAUUUCCUAUUUGCUUCCUAUAUAAAUAAUUUCCUUUGUAAUAUAUUAAAUUCUAAUUUUUAUAAUCCUAUUUUUUUUCAAAGCAAAAUAGAAAAAAAAUCUAUAUCUCUUAAAGAAAAUAAGGAGCAUUUUUUUUUUAUAUAUAUUAAGGAUCCAAACAAAAGCAACUUAACAAUUGAAUGGGUAACCGAAAUAAUAACUAAAAUUAUAAAAAAUGAGAAAGAAAAUAACGAUGAGGAAAUUAUAUUUGAAGAUAAAUCCAUUAAUUGUUCUUUUUUCCUUUUAGAAGAAUUUCUUGAAAAAAAUAUGAAAAUGAAAAUAAAUUCAUUUAUUAAAAACAUAAAUUUAAAAAAAGAAAAUUCAAAUAAAAUAUUACUAAAAUUUAUUGUAAGCAUAUCUAGAGAAAAAGAAAAAGGAAAUAUUCCUUUUUAUUAUUUAAUUCAAAAAAUAAAUGAUAUAAAAAUAUUAUCCUAUUUAGACAUAUAUGUAUGCAAAAUAAGAAAAAACAAUAAUUCUUAUGAAAUUGAAAAUAGGCAAAAUCAUAGUGAACAAAGAAAACAAAAUUCAACAAGAAUAAAUGAACACGAUAAUGGCAAUAAUAAAAAUGUUCGAAAAGAAAAUAUAAAUAAUGAUAAUAUAAAUGGCAAUCCAAUCAUAAUUGGAAAGUUCUACAAAUUGCCUUUAAAAAAUAUUUUUUUCAAAUUUAUCAUGUUUCCUGAUACAAUAUAUGAUGAGGAAAAACAAAAUGAAAAAUCAGAAUAUAAUUAUUUGUUUUUGAUAGCUUUAAAAAAUGUCGAAAAAGUAAGCGACCAAAAUAUUACGCUUCAAAUAAUUGCCGCAUUACCAAAUAAAGAAAAUUAUGAAAAAUCAAAACGUUCUGAAAUUUUAACUAUUAAUGAAGUUCCGUCUUUUUGCAAGCGCUAUACAUUUAACUAUUAUAAUGAUCUUAUAAAAAAUAAUUUCCAUGAAAUGAAAGAAGUGAAAGAAAAUGAAAGCAAAUAUAAUAAUAAUUAUGAAAAGAAAAAUGAUAAAAUCUAUAAAAAUGAAUAUAAUAUAUCGGAAAAAAUAUAUGAACAAAAAGAGUAUAUAAAUUUAAUACCAUCCAAAAAUAAAGUUUCUACACAUAAUGAAAACAAAAUAUCUCAAUUAAAUGAUUGUAAUAAUACGACAAAAACAUUUACAUUGAUAAAAAAAAUUAAAAUAAAUGAUAAAAGUUAUUUUUCUUAUGGAAGCAUAUUUGUAGAAUUAAAAAAUGGUAGUAACUUCAAAAACAUCAAGGUCAAAAUUUUUAAAUUAAAAAAAAACGAACUGCCUAUAAAUACAAUUUUUAAAGAAAACGAAACUGAAAAUAUACAUAAAAAUAACAAUGAUGAAAAAGUUUUAGGAAUCCAAAAUCCAAAUCAAUGUAAUUCUAAUCACACAAGUUUAGAUUCAUUUAUAAAUAGUUACAAACGAAAUAAAAUAUUUAAUAGUGUAAAAAGAGGGAAAAAAAAACAAGUUUUUAUUAAACAUCUAGAAAUAGACUCAAAAGAAUCAUGCUAUCUUUAUAUAAAGAUAAGAAAAAGUGAUAAAAUUGAUGAAAAAAAAAACAAAAAUGAAAUGGUCAAUAUUUUAACUACAAAAAUAAAUCAAGUAAAAAAAGAAACAUUGAUAAAACCAUGUAAUAAUGAUUUUUUCGAAAUAAUUUUAAAUGUCUAUUUAAAUUUUUCUUCGGAUGUGAUACUAAAAGAUGAUACACCAGAUAAUGAAUUUGAAAUGGAAAUAAAAAAAUAUCUUAAAUACAAAAACAUUCAUUUUGAGGAUUUAAAAAAAAAUGUAACUUUAGAUAUAAAAAAAGAAAUAAUUCCCCCAAAUAUUUUUGCUUUAAAAAAUGAACUACAAUUAUAUUUUCGUACAAAUUAUGAAGGAAUAUUUAAUAAUUUUUUGUGGAAAAAAAAAAUAAAUUUGCCAAAAAGUGAUGAUAAUAAAUUGCCAAUUUGUAAAAGUUUACAUAUUAGUACUCAAUGUGAAAACAAUAUUUUAAUCAGCGAAAAUAUUCAAUUCGAAAAUAAGGAAAAUAUGUAUUUAUAUAAAGAUGAAUUAUUUGAUCUAUUGUCAUCAAUUUGUUCACAAAAACAAUUAUAUGAUUUGGAAAAAUUAUUCAGCUAUAUAUCUUUUAAAUAUUUUGAAAAUGAUGAAAACAAAAUGUAUAUGAAAACGUUUAUAAAAAUGUUUGAAUCGAUACAAAAAAAUAAAAAUUACUUAAUUUUUGAUGAAAUUGAAAAAUUUGAAAAAAACAUUUUAUUUUCAGAAAAUAUUUCAAAUACAUGUAAUGAUGAAAUGGAGAAUAAUAAAAAUAGCCAAAAUGAAAAUUGUGAGGAUACAAAUUUUGAAGAAAUUUCCCAUUUAUUUACAUACCCAAAUGAAACACGAAAAAUUAUAGACGGCAUUAAAUCUUUUUACAAUUUAAAAAAUAAAAUGGAUGUUUUGAAACUAAAAAUGGAUGCAGAACUACAAUUACCCGAAAAUAUAUUUCCAUUUUUUAACAAAUUUUAUGGUAAAAUGUGCAAUAUAUAUGAUAUUAUAAAAUAUAAUUAUUCUCAUUUAGAAGAAUUGGAACAUGUAAAAACAAAAAGUGAACAAAAUAAAAUCUUAUCACAUUUACUAGAUGAGGGAAUUUUUUUCAUAUUUCUAAAAAACAUAGAAAAUGAAAAUAAAUAUGAAACCCUAAAAAUCAUCCCCCCAACUAUUCACAUACACGAUAUAGUAAAUCUAGUAAAAAAAAUUGAUAGCUUUAGUGAAUUAAGUUAUAUUAAAGAUAUGAAAUUAAAUGUUUCUAAAAUUAUUAAAGAAAGAAAGAAUUUUAUUGAAAAUAUAAAAAAUCUUUUGAAACAUAAAAAAUUAAAAAAUUUAACUUCAGAAGAAUUAAAAGAUUUAUAUAAAAAAGGUGUAAAAAUAAACUUAGAUAUUUAUAAUUCUAAUAUUUUACAAAUGAUAAAAAAUCAGUAUACUAUAUUAAAUAUUUUAAUUAGUAUAAAAGACAUAUUUAAGAAAAAUAAUUUAAAAAAAUGUAAAACAAAAGAUAAUGAGCAAAAUAUUGCAGAAAAUGUGAUAAAUGAUCAAAUGCAAUUUUUGCAACUAUUCCAAACAUGCUCAGAUUUAAUUAAAAAUAAUCAAAAUAUACAAUUAAAUGAUUUUUAUAAUAAUAUUUUUAAGGACUCACAAAAAGUAUAUGACGAACUUACUAGUUCUAUUCUUACUGUAUAA